AUGGCUCGUAUAGAAUUGGAAAAAGAUCUUAUAGCAAUAUUACUUGUCGUUGAAAGUGCUCAUGACAAAAGCAGAGUGUUAUAUAAAUAUGAAGAAAUCAAGACAUACAAACAACUACAGGAACCAACUAGUUUUUAUACUCCUUAUGCAGUAGUUAUUGCUAAAGAUUUUGAUCCACCGAGUGUUAAAGAAGAGGAUGCAUCUCGAAGUACAUUUUUAAAUUUCGAUGACACAACUCUUGCAAUUCUAACUACUCCUUAUUCCUAUGGCAGUCAUGUCGAAGUACAAGUUGAUGAUGUUAUUUUCGUUGGCCAUACACUUCUUUUAGAAGGCAAUCCAAAUUUAAAAUCAUUUGCUAUAUUCUUUGCACUUCGAGCAAUUGCGAAAGCAUCUGUUAUAUUAUCGUAUCAAGACAUGAGUAAACGUAUUGGUACAGCAAUACGUUGUGAAGAACGACGAGCAUCAUAUUUAAAUCAAGAAUAUUUAAAAUUAAUAAGUGUUAUCCAACAACAUGAAGCUGAACCAAAUGAUCCAUUAAAUCGUUUACCAAAUGAAGAAAAUACAAGAGAACGCGAUCAAAAAGACAACAAUAAAGAAAUUUACAUAAUAAUGGCUGAACAAAGUCCUUUAGCAGCAACUUUAAGACAGAUAUAUAUGGAUUUACAAGUAUCCGGUGAAAUAAAUAUAUCAAUUAAUAACUGGUUAAAUGUUUCCUGCUGUUUACCACAUCGAUCAGUACCUAUAAACUGCCCGUUAGAAACAGAUUAUUUUUUUAAUGUGCUUUCAAAUGCUGUAGACUAUCUAAAGCCCUAUUAUGGUUUAUUGCUUGUAAUAGAUCCAUUGGUAUUGCUUGCUUCUUUACCAACGGAUAGUUCACAAACAUUAGUUACACUGAUAAAAACUGUUCGUUCAUCACAUUCAUUUUCUAGUUUAUCACUAGACACUGGCAUACAACUGUCUCAAAUCUAUAGUCUAACAGCUCAUUUACUGUUUUGGGGCCGAGCAAAAAUUAUCUAUCCAAUUGUUGAAGAUAACAUUUAUAUUAUCUCACCUGAUGCUGAUUUAUCCAAGCGAGGAUCUCUGUCGAAAAUGUAUCACGAAACAUUUCAAAAUACAUUGAAUUAUCCAACAUUACAAGAAGCAUUGGCUGAAUAUUCAGAUGCCAUUGCAUUUCAUGAUCAUGUACCACGUAUUGAAGAUGAAAACGAAAAGCAUGAACGUCAUCAAUGUGUUGAAUGGCUACUUCGCCAUCGUUUGCUUGUUCAAGUUCAUACUUAUUUUUAUCUUCUUUUACCAAAUGAUGAUCGACACAACUUUAAAGAUGAAUUUAGAAAACUACGUUUACCUCCAUCGCGAGCACCGCUUAGGCGUUAUCCGCAUUCAACCGAAGGUUUCGGAUCUUUGUCAAAACCUGAGCAAUUUCAUUUGUCUAGUGAAAAUAUCGAUAUACGAGGGAAUACAUCGAGUAUAAAUGGAUUUGAAAAUAAUAUGGCUUCAUCUCCUAUGCCAAGUGCAUUAUCAUAUGGAUCUACUCAUAAUUCUAAAUCAGCAGAUACGAUAAGAACCUCGAAUAACACUAAUCAUGAGGAUGUGUUUGCUUCAGGAUCAGUGAGUAGUAGUACAACAGGAAUCAGUAAUCGAAUAUCAUUACAUUAUCUUCCACAAAUAACACAAGCUCUGCCAAAUGAACGAGCCGAAUAUCGUCAACUGCUUGCAUCAGCUAUUAAAGAUGCAAAAGAACAACAUGUUGUUGAUUUUCUAAGGCUCAUAAAAUAUCUCGAUGGAACUUAUCAUCUAGAAGAAAUAGCUUCACUUGAAAAUAUUUCACGUUUACAAAUAUUAACAGUCCUAGAAAAUUUUCAAUCGAUUGUUAUUUCUGCUCUUCAUCCAGAUUCAAAUCCUAUCUUGCAAAUUUAA